AUGCAUUUUGUGUUUGAAUUUGAAAAUACACCUAAUAAUCUUAAUUAUAAUGCUAUUGCAACUGAAAGGUUUAGAGACGUUUUUGAGGUUUACGUUGAAGAUAAAAUAGAAGAAUUAAAUAAAAAAUCAUCAGAAAAACUUAAUAAAGAAUGUCGACAUUUUAAUUAUUUUAUUGAUGAUAUAAAAGAAGAAUUCCUUACGACUUCAUUGAUAAGUCUUCCUACAGAAUUAAGAAAAAAAUUAUGGGAAAUUGAAGUUGAUAAAAAAUUACCAGAUUUAAUGGCUAGAAGUACACAUGAUAAAUGUCUAAGAACAGAACAUAAUUUUGAUAAAAACUAUAGAGAAAUUAUUAAAAUAUUAGAAGAUUAUUGUGAAGAUAGAACUACUAAAUUGAGAGAUUUAGAAGCUAUAAAAUAUGUAGAACAGGAUUGCAUUAAUUUUAAUACCUGGGUAAAUAGUUGGGACUAUGAAAUAAAAAGGAAAAUGAAUAAAUUAGAUCUUCAAAAAAUAAAACAAUAUUUGGAAAAAUCAAAAUUCAAAUGUAAUAUAGAUGAUUUAGAUAAUUUAGAUAAAUUUUUUUCGCAUGUACAUCCAAGAGAUAUUAAGGGAAGUGAAGAGGAUCCAAGAAAUUCUCAAGAAGGAGAAGAGAAAAAAGAUGAAUAUCAAAAUUUUAAUAGUACAACAGAGGAAGGUGAUGAGAAUGUUGAAAGGAAAAAUAUUCCUUCCACAGAAACACGUCAGCCUACACCGGUUGUUGAAGAGGAUUAUCAAGUUAAAACAUUUAAUACAAUUGUAAGAAAUGAAAAAGGUAAUAAUAAUCUAGAUAAUGAAGUUUCUACUACUGAUGAAAGAUCGAAUUUAGGUGAAAAAAAUAAAGAUGUGGAUCUACAUACACCUGAGUUUAAAAUACCUAAAGUUAGAGAAUCUGCUGAAGAGAAAAAAUCUGAAAAUGCAAAAGGUAGUAAUAAACGAACACAUAAAGAUGGAAAAUCAAUACAUGGUACUUCUAGAAAGACAAAAUCACAAAUAAAUAAAUACGCUCAUCCUAAUCACAAAUAUACUAUAUUUGAGUGCAAUGAUUUAGAUUGUACAACUCUUAAAGCUAAAGAUGUUAUGGCUACAAAUGGAGGUUAUGGUGUAAUUAAUGGUGUUGAAUUUGUAGAUACAAUACAAGGAAUUAAUGAAGAUCGUAAUACUUACUGUUUUGGAGAUGAAUGUAAAUUGGGUAAUGUUAUUCAGGCGGACGUUGAUAAAAUAUCUCCAAGAAAGGAAAAAAGAAAAAAAGGGAAAGGAAAGGGUAGAAAAAAGGGUAAUAUAUCAUCUGUUAAAAGUUCCUCUAGUGGUACAGUUCCUCCUUCUUAUAUAACACAUGAAGGUAAUAGAGAAGACACAGAAAGUAAUCAAUAUUAUGUAAAUGAAAAAAUUGUAGAGGAAGAAGCUGCAAGUUGCCAAGAAGGAGACCAAAGUUGUAUUGAUCCUACAACAGAAAAAUUUAUCAUAGAAGGUGAUAUUGUAAGAAGUAUGGGAAUUAGUGAUGUUCCAGAAAUGCAAGCUGUGACUAACAACGAUAGCAAUGGAGCCAUUUAUGAAUAUCCAUCAUCUAGUGAUGCACAUAUUGAAGAUAACGUAUCAUUAUUUGAUUUUACUAUUGAUCCCGUUAGACAUACAUCUGAGGAAAACUAUGGAUUUGUUCGUGAAGUGGCAGUGACAGACGAUCCUUAUUUAUUACCUAAUGAACAACUUAUAACAGUUAAGGGAGAAGUUUAUACAGCUCCUACAACAAGUAAUGAAAUUGGGGUUUAUGUUAGUCCAAUAUCAAAUCAAUCAUUUUCAACAAGCUAUCCAUCAAAUAAUAUGACUACAUUAGAAGAUAAAUUUAACAAACCAUCUGCGGUUGAAUCAUUCGUGUCUCUAAUGAGGAAUGUUUUUGAUACCUUAAAAAGUUCUGUAAUAACUGGAAGAAGUUUUAAACCAAAUUUGAAAGUUAGUGAAUCUACAAAUAUUCCUGCAAUUUCAUACCCUACGAGUCAAAUGACUUUGGAUAUUGAAACACCUGUUCAAGAAACAAUGAUGGGAAUGUUAGGAGAGAAAAAUUCUUUCACACCACCUGCACAAACAAAAAAAGUCGAUUCUUCAUCUAAUACUGGAUCAUCUUCAAGUUCCUUCAGACUUAACUCCCAAAAAGUUCCCACUACAUUAAAAACACAAGAUAGAGGAAAAUAUGUUGUGUUAAGAGGAGAUACAGAAAAUGUUCCAAAAGGAAUUGAACAUUAUAUAACAUCCGUCCCAGUAGCAUUAGCAAUUUUUGGAGUUCUUUUCGUUUUUAUAUUAUUUAACAAAAUUAAUCCUUUUGGAACAUUUUCUUCCAAAAGAAAAAAAAGGAAAGUGAGACGAAGAAGGUAUGAUGAGAAAAUAUUAAAAAGGGAAGGAGAAAAAUGUUUUGAAAAUUUAAUGCAGGAUUCAAAUGAAUGGACUGAAAAAGGAAGACAUGAUAUAUUACCGAAGAGGUUAUAUAAUAUUGAAAAAAAGGAAUAUCAAUUUAUAGAUGAAGUUUUGAAUAAAGAAGAUAUAAAAAGUGUGAAUGAAAAGAAAAUAAUAAAUGGAGAUGUAAAGAAAGAUAUCGAAAUAAUAGAUCUUAUUGAAUUACAUUUGGAUGCAAUAGAAGAGUGUAAUCAUGAUGAAUGGGAAGAAUAUAAAAGCGAAUUUUUAGAAAUAUGUAUUGAAGAAUUUUUUAAAGACAGAAAAAUUGAUAGACAAGAUAAAAUGAUGGAAGAAAAAUAUAAAUAUAAAUAUAACGAUAAUUCACAUAAUAUUGAUAUAUUGAAGAAAAAGGAAUUAUUGUGGAAUAAAUGGAUCGAACAAAAUAGAUAUAUUAUGAAUAAUUGGAAAGAUAAAGAAUGGUUUCAUAAUAUAAAAUAUAAAUGGGAAAAAGAUAUAGAAGAAUAUUUCAAAUUAGAAAAAUAUGAUAAGAAUUUAUUAGAAAUAUUUGAAAAAAAUAGAGAAAAUAACAAACAUUUUAUGAUAGAAAUAUUAAAAAUUAUAUGGAAAAGGUGGAUAGAAAAAAAUGUAAAAUAUAUAAAUAAAUCUGCUACAGAUGAGUGGAUCAAUAAAUUGGUAAUAGAAUAUAAAAAUGAUUAUAUUGAUCUGAAGAAAGAAUAUAUAAGUUUAAUAAAAGAUAUAUAUAAUAUACCCUUGGAAAAUAAUCAUAAUAAUAAUUAUUAUAAUAUAGAAUAUAUAAAUAGUGAGAACUUGAUAAAAAUAAUGUUCAUACAAAUAUAUAUGUCCGUUUUAGAAGAAUAUAAAAAGGAACAACUUAAUAAAAAUGUAAACACAUUUUUGGAUAUAUGUUUGGAUGAUAUAAAAGAUAAACAAUUAAAUGAAGAUGAAACGAAUAAUAUGAUAAAAUUAAUAAAUGAAAUGAAAAAAAAUAAAUAUAACUUGAAAAGGAAUAAAGAAAAAGAAAUUAUGAAUCAAUUUAAAAAUGAACUAUUUUUUAAAAAUAUUAUGUGUGACUGGAAAGAUUGUGAAGAUAAUUUUAUAAAUGAUCAUUUUAUUGAAGAUAAAAUUAAUAUAUAUGCAAUUAAAAAGGAUAUUCCCCUAAAACAUUGGAAUCACAUAUAUCAUAAAUGGUUACAUGAGGUGAAAAAAGGGGGUGAUAUUAUUGUAUCAUUAAAAGGUAAAGAGAAAGAAAAGGAAAAACAUGUUAUAGAUGAAUCAUUAUUAAAUAUAAAAAAAAAAAGAAACAAAUGGAAAACCAUCAUAGAAAUAUAUAUGGAAGUUAUGGAUGAAUGUAAAAGGGAUGAAUGGGAAGAAAGUCGAAGAGAUUUUUUACAAAUAUGUUUAGAAGAAUUUAUUAAGAAAGAUAAUGAAGACAUGAAUAAUAUAAAUGAUGAAUUACCUAUUGAACAAAAUGAAAAUGUUGAAGAUAUGCUCAUGUUAGAGAGACAAAAAAUUAUAUGGCUUCAAUGGAUAAAACGAAAUAAAUAUAUGCUACAAAAAUGGAAUAAAGAAGAAUGGUUUCAUAAAUUAAAAAAUGAUUGGAAAGAUGAAAUGAAUAGAUGUGAUCAGAAAUUAUUUCUUUUGAUAAAUAAAGAAAGUGAUAAAAGUAUAAACCCUAUGUUAGAAAGACAAAAAUAUAUAUGGAGAAAAUGGAUUGCAAAACAUUUAUAUCAUCUUGAUGAUUGGGAAGAUGAAGAAUGGUUUAAUUUAUUAAUGAAUAAAUUUGAAAAAGAUAAAGAUGAUUCGAAAAGUGAUAGAAAUAAUAAAAUGGAUGACAUGGAAAAGAAAAAGCUGAUAACAAAAUUAUUUAUUGAAAUACAUAUGAUGGUAAUCGAAGAUUUUAAGGAGGAAGAAUGUUUCAUGAAUAAAGAAAAUUUUGUUAAUACAUAUAUAAAUGAGUUGAACAAAAAAGAAAAUUCUGAACAGAAUAAAUGUAUGAUAAAUAUAUUGAAAGAUAUACAUAAUGAUAUACAAUUAGGGCAUCACCACAAAAAUGUCAAUGAAUGGAAAAAUGAAAAAUGGUUUGAUAAUUUAAAAAAAGAAUGGAAAGAAGGUGAAUGUAAAAAAAACGUUGUUGAUAUAGAAAAAGAAAAUUUUGAUCAGACACAAAUUAAUAUAAUUAAUAAUUAUAUAUUAGAAAUUCAAAAAGCUAUAUUAAAAAAUUACUGGGAAGAUAUGCAAAUAAAAUGGAUAGAUGAUGAUAAUAAAACGGAUUGGUUAAAAAUAGCAAUAAAUUUGAAUGAGUAUGAUAAUAAUGAAUGUAGAAAAAAUAUAAAAUUUGAAAAAAAUAAAAAAAAAAAUAAUUUCCUAGAAGAAAUUGAAAUGAUUCGAAAAAUUAAUAAAAAGGUACAAUCCAAAGAUAAUGAACAAAAUAUCAUGUUUAAAACUGUCAUUGAAAUACAUAUGAAAGUAAUAGAAGAAGAUAAAAAACAAGAAUGGGAAAAAAAUAAAGGAGAUUUUUUAGAAAUUUGUAUGCAAGAAUUUCAAAGUGAAAAUCAAAACACUCAUAAUGAAAACAACACUUUGGUAAAUGAUUAUAUGGUACAAGAAAAUUAUAUGAUAAAACGACAAAAAAUAAUUUGGAAUAAGUGUAUAGAAAGAAAUAGAUAUAUACUUGAAAAAUGGAAAAAAGAAAAAUGGUUUGAAAAUUUAAAGAAUGAAUGGAAAAAUGAACAAAAUAAAUAUAUAAAUACACAUGAAGUAUAUUCAAAUAUUAAAGAUGAAAAUAAUGUAAAACAAAUAAAUCCUUUAAUAGAAAGUGAAAAAUAUUUGUGGAAAAAAUGGUUAAGAAAUCAAAAUGUAUUAUUAGAGAAAUAUAAUGAAGAAUUUUGGUUCAAAAAAUUAGUUCAGGAGUAUGAAAAAGAAUUCGAAAAUUAUGAUAAUGUUGAUGGUCAUGACCAUAUGAGUGCACAUGGGAAAGGAAAAUAUCCAGCAGAUUUAAUUGCAUUAAAUAAAACGUAUGAUGGGUCGUUAUUAAAAUGCCAAAAAAAAAAAUUAAUAACAAAAAUGUGGAUAGAGAUACAUAUGAUUAUAUUAGAAGAUUGUAAAAAGGAGGAAGUUCAAUUGAACAAGGAAUUGUUUUUGGAUUCUUGUAUAAAUGAAUUAAGGAAGGAAACAGAAUCCAAAGCAAAAUGUAAAAUGUUGGAAAUUGUAUUAGAUUUGAAAGACAAACAUGUAUUAAUAAAUAACAAUUUGGAAAGUAAUAAAAGGAAAAGAAAAAAUAGUAAUAAUUUGUUUGAAAAUAUUAAAUGUGAAAUGAAAAAAAAUGAAAAUAAUUACAUAUAUGAAAUGAUGUUAAAAAAUGACAUGAACAAGUCAGGAAAAAUGCUCGAAAAUGAUUAUAUAAUUGAAGAUAAUUUUAAGAAUAAUAUGAACAAUUCAGGGAAAAUUCCCGAAAAUGAUUGUAUAAUUGAAGAUGAUUUUAAGAAUCAUAUGAACAAUUCAGGGAAAAUGCUCGAAAAUGAUUGUAUAAUUGAAGAUAAUUUUAAGAAUAAUAUGAACAAUUUAGGUAAUGUAAAUGAAAAAUGCAUUAUAGAAAUGGAGAAGAAUAUAUCCAUGAGGCAUUGGGAAAAUAUUAAAAAAAAUUGGAUAAAUGGAAAAGAAAAGGAGAAAAAUAUUGAGAGAAUUGAAUGUAUUGAAAGUAUUGAAAAUAAUAAAAAUAUUGAAAACAUUGAAUGUAUUGAAAAUAUCCAAAACGUUGAUGAAAUGCUAGAAGAAAAAUAUAAGCGUUUCAAUAUAGAACCUUAUGAACAAAACAAUUAUGAGAAAAAAAGUAAAAUAUUUAACAGAUCGAAUUUUGAGAGUAAUAAAACUAUAAACCAAUUGAUAGAUAAUGAAAUGGGAACAAAUAAAAAGAAGAGUGACAAUGAAAAUGAAGAAAUAUGGUAUAACGGAUUAACAUUAGAAGAAAUAUAUAAAAAUUCGUAUACAAGAAACUCAACAGAAUACAUUCCAUAUAUUGAUGAAGAAGAAUAUAGUUCAUUGGAUGAAUUUGAUAAAAAAAAUAAUGAUUUUGAAAUCGAUGAUAUAUUUUAUAAAGGUUUGACAUUAGAAGAGAUAUAUAAAAAUGCGUAUACAAGAAACUCUAUAGAAUACAUUCCAUAUAUUGACGAUGAGGUAUAUAGUUCAUUGGAUGAAUUUGAUAACCAUUUAUAUAAUAAAAGAAAAAAAUAA